AUAGCACUAUCUUUUGGAAUCAUUCUGCGGACCUCUUCUACCUUAACCUCUUACUGAUCAUAAUCACGAGGCCAACAUUACAAUGAACUCCCAAACUAUUCUCUUUCCUCCUCCACCUCCGACGACCAAUCUCAUUGAAGGCAAGCAUCGUCUUCGUCUCAUGCGUUCUACCAGGAAGUUGGGAGCAGUCCUUGGGACCGUGGCUCAUGUCUCAGAGUCGGACCCAAAGUCGCUCCCCGUGCUGCUACCCAUUGGCGUCCAGCACAACGCGAGACCAAGUACGAGUUCAAGCACAAGCUCCGUGGACUCUGUAAAGUCGUCCAGGCGGCAGGGGUCCAUUUUCUCAGUACCCACGUUGAUGCCGGAGUCGGUUUACACUUCUCCUUCUCCAAUGUCAUCAACAUCAUCGCUUUCACUUGACAAUGACACAAAGUCAGAGACUCAUUGUACCAGUCGUGACUCAAAGCAUAAACUGAAGCGACCUGCCGCUUUACCCCGGCCUCUCGUUCUCCGCCUGAACGCAGUGCCGCAGCGUCUACAAGUUCCAUCUACUCCUCAGACACUUCCUUCAACCCCCUCCAUCUCAGCUACCCUCAUACCUCCGAGUCCAUAUGGGCCAGACACUCCAACUACCCCCAUCUCUCCGACACCUUCAGAGACUCGUCGAAAGCGUAUGGCGAAACUUACCCGGACCCUGGGUGAGACGAUCCCUCCCCAGCUCGUCACUUUCGCGAGAAAGAAGGUCUCUACGCCUACGCUGAAAAUCAAUUUCUCUCCCGAUGUUACCCCUGCGGUAGUUGCCAAUAAGGCGGGAAGAAGACGGAGCAUGUCUGUCGACUUUGAUGCUGGGCGCAGCGAAAAUAUGUCUCCAUACCCUCGAUCUUCUCGAGUUUGGGUGACUGAAAACAAAUCAUGGAGAGGAGAAUGGAACCGGAAGGACAUCAAGGAUGUUCAGAAGCAAUUACGUUCGUUGAAAGCCCGCUGAUUGAAUGUCAAUUUCUUGUAUUGUCUCUCUGGAAACUUGACUCUUAGAUCCGGAUUCACUCUUCAUUUUGUACUCUGGAUUAUCCUCAAGCCUUAGUCUCGCAUUGUAGCUUCCCACUCAGCCUUCGUCGUGUAGCCUUAGAUCUAUUGAUUCGUCCUGAUUAUCGUUCAUAUUCUGUAAACCUGACUACAUUAAUAGCGUCAUUACUAUUGUAUGCUAUUGUAUGACAUUUCUAUUCUUCCUGG